AAAAAAAGAAUAAAGAAACCUAGAUUUUUUUUCUUCAAUAUGCGUAUGUUUAACAUCUAUUCAAUAAUUGAAUCUAACUGCAAAGUUGGUCCUGCUUUGAGAGGGUCGUUUGGACCGAAUGGCUUUCAGAGAGUCCUUGCAAUUACUCUCUUCUGGAUUCGGUCUAACAGGAAGCUUAAGUAUAACUUCAGCUGACCAGUCAAUGUUUGAAAAAGCUCAAGGAGAGAAGGUUACGCUGCCAUGUACUUUUGUACUCUCAGAAGAGGAUGAAGGCCCACUAGAUAUCGAGUGGGUCUUGAUACCAGCAGAUAAUCAAAAGAAGGAACAAAUAAUAAUUAUGUAUGCUGUAGACAGGAUUUACAAUCAUUAUUAUGCUGCUAUGACUGGACGGAUGCAGUUUACAAAUCCCGAUCCCAGAUCUGGUGAUGGUUCGCUGGAUAUCCUGAAUUUAAAAUCAGCAGACACAGGCACAUACCAGUGUAAAGUGAAGAAGGCUCCUGGAGUUCAAAGCCAAAAAAUACAAUUGACUGUACUUGUAAAGCCAGCAAGGACUAAAUGCUCCAUUGAAGGAUCACAGGAGAUCGGAAAUGACAUUAUAUUAAAAUGCACAUCGCAAGAAGGAUCCCCUCUUUUAUCUUAUGACUGGAGAAGAACAGCUGGCACACAAGAACUUCCUGCCACUUCUAUGCUGAAUAAGAAUACAGGGGAACUUCUUUUGAAAAAUGCCUCUCAGGACUAUUCUGGUACAUACAGUUGUGUUGCCUCAAACAGAGUUGGCACGGAUGAAUGUUUUGUUGACCUGAAUGUCACCCCUCCUAUCAAUACAGCUGGAUUAAUUGCUGGAGCUAUUGUAGGAACGCUGCUGGGGCUCUUUUUACUGGCUUUUCUUGUCUUCUGUUGCUGUAAGAAACACAGAGAGAAGAAAUAUGAGAAAGAAGUACAUCAUGAUAUUAGAGAAGACGUUCCACCUCCAAAAAGCCGCAGUUCAACAGCCCGCAGCUACAUAGGCAGCAAUCGUUCUUCUCUAGGUUCAAUGUCUCCCUCCAAUAUGGAAGGAUAUACCAAAACUCCAUAUAGUCAAGUCCCAAGUGAAGACUUUGAACGUACUACUGGUCAAAAUCCAAGCUUUGCACCUCCAAAGGUAGCUGCACCUAAUUUAAGUAGAAUGGGUGCUGUCCCUGUGAUGAUUCCAGCACAAAGCAAAGAUGGGUCCAUAGUAUGAAAUGUUAUUAAUUUAAAUCCUGUUUUUAAAGGUUCAUUAUAAGUAUUAGAGAAAAACUACCUUGUUCCAUUGCUCACUUAAAGAAUGGCAUGCAAUUUUCCGUGAGGAAAAUGAACAAAUUAGUUUGAAAAGCCAAUAAUUUUCCCUUUUAAUUUCUAACGUACUAGUAUAUAACAGUCAAACCAUUUGCUAAAAGCACUGAAGAUCCUUUAUUGGAUACUGAAGGUAUUUUGACUCAAGUAGGUUGCUGAAGAGACAAGAUCAGCUAAUAUGCAGUUCUGAAUAUGAAACAGACACACUUGAAGCAUUUUGUAUAUAGGAUAUGAAGUUCCUCAGAGUCCUUGAAACUUUAUCUUCAGUUUUGGAAUAACAGAAAUAUCUUGCCUUUACCAUUUUCUGGUGAAGUUGCAGCUGGUUGAAGUACUUAAAAUGACUUGGAAUUGUGUUUAGUUUCAGUAUUUAUGCAGUUCCUUGACUUGAUAAUGUUUGGAGCACUUGAGCCCUUAUUUCUUUCUUUCUGACUGAUUCAGUUAACUUUAAUGAAUCUGUCUAAGUUUAAAAUUUCAGUGAGUAGAAAUGUGACAGGAGGCCUUGCAUGUUCUUUGAAAUCUCAAUUUUAGUGUAAUAUCUGACAUGACUAGAACUAGUUGCUAACUUAACACUAAUAUUAUCUUGUGUAAGAGGUCUUACCUGGUUGUUGCUAAUGGUAUCCAAACUUUAAAGUCUAUAUUUUAUUGUCACAUUAAGAAUGAAUAGUAUCUCAAUACAGAUCUUAAAAUGCAAAAUACCAUUAACUUUUCUAAAGCCUGCUUAAAUUCUAAAGCAGUGCUCUUAUUUUUUCCAAACAAUUAUCUAGAAGCUCUGUGGAGUUUUAAUGAAAUAUGUUAAGUAAAUUGUAUUUGAUAUGUGUCCUCUUAGAUCCUUACAUCAUUUCAGAAAAUCUUUUUCCAGAUACAUACAAGUAGUAUUUAGCCUUCUGUUAAGACACUAACACAAUUUUUAUUUGAACUUGCAAGGAGUUAGAAGUUUGCCUCUCCUUGCCUCUUCAAAAACCUAAAUAUUUAUUAAUGGACCCUUUGACUUUAAUAUUAGUUUCAUGCAACCAGAAUCUUGGAGAAUCUAGUUAUCCAGAACUGUUGAUACGAAUUUAGUGUUUCAAGACUUCAUUUAAAACAAAAAAAAAUGCCUUUUUUAGUUUUAUAAAACUUACAGCGUUACAGGAGAAAUAGAAUGAUUCCUUAUCUUAGUUUCACACUUUGCUUGAGGACUUUUGAUAUCUUAUGAUGACUGAUAUUAUAUACAUGUGGAAGUUGAAUUUGAAGUUUAGUGCAGGUUGAGUAUCUGUAGAUGUCUGUCUUUCCUCCUCCUUCCUAUUUUUGCUCACAUCCUUCCUGUCUUGUGGAAAAAUAAUAAAAAUAAAGAGCCCCUUCAACUUAUUUCAGCUAUAGAUGUUAAUCUGCCCAGUAUUUUGGAAAACUCUAAAGGAGUGUAGUACGUGGCACUGAUGUUGAGGAAGGAAAUGUCUGAAUAACCUAUUAAAAGAUGUUAGGUUUAUUUGUAUUUACCAACAGCAUGAGAUGAAAAAAUUGCCCUGAACUUCUAGGUUUAGUGUCUGCUUUCUUGUAGCUGCUUAGAUCUGUGACAAAAUCUUUGGCAUAUUACUAAAUGUCUGUUGUAGCUGUAGUUAGGUGCACAAUUUUUGGCUGACACUACUAAUGUAGGGAACAUACCUUUCAUACUGAUUUUAGAGACUUGAAUGGCUACUAAGUAUUCUAGACUUACAAUUUUUCAUAUUUGGACUUUUUUAGAUUGUAAACUGAUACUGUUAGUGUUCAGAUAUUUUUAUCUUUCAUGUGUGCCUUUUCAAUAAACUUUGCCUGAUUGUAACUCCAGUUUUAAUGAAAUCUCUGGUGCCUAAAAUUACUGUCUGGACAGGUGCUUAGACGAUGGUACAGGUUUUUAAAACAUGACACUGUGAUCUAAUUUCUUUAUUCUAUGUAUGGUUUAUACCUCUUCAUGCCAAUUUUUGGAUGUGACUUCAGUGGCUCUCUGUAUCAUUCUGUACUUCAAAAUGUCAGUUGCUUCUUCAAUUUCUAGAUGUGAUCUAAGUGUUUAUAUUCCCGAAAACUGUUCAUUCGUUCUAUCAGUGAAAUGGAUAACUGGCUCUUACUUACGUGAUAAAUAAUAGCUUAGUAACUGUGCCAAACAUGCUUAUGAAGAACAGUAGAUGGAGACAUCUUCUUGCAUUCAAUUAAUAUGAUGAAGGUUUGAGAUUUAAUAUAUAUUGGUUGAUUGUUUACCUUGAAACAAAGACCUCCCUUAAUUGAAAGGGUAUGGUUAUUUGGAUUGUAAAUACAGGUUAUAUACAAAACUAGAACUGAAUCACGGACCAAGAGAUAGCUAUAGACCUAAGCAGCAAGGUAAGAAACCUACUGAGGUUGAUUUUUAACCAUCUGUGGGCACAUGUGGAAUGAGCUUUUUAGUGCUUACCUGACUGAAAGCACAAGGUCUCAGGUCAAACAAAGAUGCUCGAACAGAAAUUUAUCAUAAAGAAGAGGCAGAACAGAGUUUACACGUUUAAUGCUCUGUCAGCUUGCACAAAAUAAUAAAUGGACAGAAUGGAAGGACAGCAUGAUGUGCCCUCGGAACCUAGCUGUUAGGCUUAGCAGCCUUGACAGUGUCUAUUUAUGUAAUUGCAUGGAAAAUAAGGAAAUGGGAACUGGCAUAGCCCUUAUCUGAAAUAAAGAACCUCUGACUUGGGGAUAAACUUUGCCUCAAGUUCCUAACAUCAUGCCUUUCUGAAUGGAUAAAACUGCUAUGAAAACCAUAAUACUGCUAUUGGAAGCAAUUUCCUUAGUGACUAGAAUGCUAACUUACACUUGAUUAUGAUUCUUAAAGCAGAUACUGUAGCUUAACAAUGAUUUCUAACUAUGUAGGAGAUGAAAUGCAUAAACAUUUGAAGUGUCAGAUCUUAGAUAACCCUGCUAACAGAACUCUUCUAGGAAGUAAUGGCAGCUGAUAUACCAGUUAGAAGGUGGCAUUUUAAAUGUCUUAUAAAAUAAAGGAGGGAAGUGAUACUAUUUGUAAAUAUUUUAAAUGAACUGAGGAAACCACUAGUUAAUGUUAUGACUGUAAACUUGCUUGUUGAGGACUCUUGUGUUUAGAAGAAAACCCUUAAUUUUAGCAUGGUGUGAAUAAAGUGUUAGACUUGUAAUAUUGUAGAGGUGAUGUAACAUUUGUUCAUGCAUUACAAGCCUCUUCAGAAACUUUCUGAAAUGGAUAUUUAAAGGUGUUAGUGUGAACCCUCCUUACCUAAAAAUGAGUACUUCUUUUUAAAGUAUGUAGUGCACAGAAAUGCCUUGUUUGAAGGGAUAAAAAAAAAUGUUUUUGGAAAAAAAUGUAUAAUGCCUACAUCUUUAUCUGCUAUGAUAGUUACAUUGAUAUUAGAUGUAUGCUUCCUGCAUAACAGUACAAAUGACUUUUUAAUAUAAUUGCAAAAUUUUCUGUAGUAAAAAAUAUGUAUUACUGAGUUUCAUAAUAGGCUUUUUUCCUUGACCAUGUGUGUUCUGGAUCAUUUAGAUCUCUGUUCCAGUCCGAAAUUAUCAUAAAACUAUAACUUUUAAACCUUGUUUUAUAUACUUCAUAGGUGCUUUAAUGGGAUACUUUGGGCUUGGUCCUCCAGCACUGAGGCACAGCUCAACUGAAAUUGGAGCAAUAACAUUCCCUGGAAUCUAAAACGUUAUAACAAUAAUGUUAUGUUACACUUCUCAUGCACAAAGCAUGGACUUAAAUAUUGUUAUGAAAUUCAAUAUGAGGUUUUAUAUUCACAUCUUUGGGAGGAGAGGGUAUUUUAAAAUACAACUAUUACAAUUCAAAGAAGUAGAUUUGGAAGAAAAAAUCCAAAAAUUUAAGAUGCUGUAUUUCUGUGACAGACGUGUGUACUUUUUGAAAUAAAACUGUUAGAGAAAGCA